ACUUUCGUUUAAAAGAAAAUACCAAUAAGACCCAAAAAUAUUUGAAGUUCAUUGAAGUUGAAGAACAGAUUACAGAACGAUAAUCAGAAACUAGAUAGAUGCUAGAUAGUUGGGUGGCUACUAGAUAGAUGCAGAAGCACCAGCCGCUCCCUCUGUCUCCGGCGCCGCCGCUCCCUCUGUCUCCGCCUCCGCCGCCGCUCCCUCUGCCUCUGCCGCCGCCGCCGCCGCCUCCGCCGCCGCUUCCUCCGUUGCUCUCGCUAUCACUGCCGCUGCCGCUGCCGCUGCCACGGCCGCAGUCGCAGGCGUUCCAGCUCUCAGGAGCCCGAGCAGUCCUGGAGCAGCAGGGGCUGCUCCACCUGCUCUCCUUGCCGCCGCCGCACCUCUCUCUGCCUCUGCCGCAGCCGCACCUCUCUUCUCACUUGCAGCCAUCGCUCUUGCCAUGCUAUAACAAGAACCCGCAGUCACAGCAAAAGACAAAACGGUAGUCGCAGCACCCACCCAAACAGACAUAAUUGUGGAUUUUUUCUCCAUGAAUUUCACAGCCCUGUUAUAUUUCUGGAACAUCUGAGGAAGCUCAGAAUUUAAUUUCUCAAGCACCUGGUUGAACCCCUCAACAACCUCAGGGAGCAUCAAGCUGCAGUGUAGGGAGCAAGUUCAGCUGCUGGAGCCGAAAUAACAGAAGCAGAGGCAUGAUGAUGGCCGGAAAUGGCUUCAAUCUUUCUUUCUUGUUUUUUUCUCCCAUAUACGCAUGCCUUUUGGUGAUAUUAUACAAGGAUUAUAAGAGCUGUGAUAAUUUGUCAAACUGCUAAUUCUAGAGAGGAAGAGGCACUGAAGCUGAAGCUGAAUUUGAGAAACUCUUAGGAGCAGCACAUGUUAAAUUUGCAAUAGCAGAAUUGUCAAAGUCUGACAGAGGGGGGAUGAACUUGAGGCAGUAAAGUUCUCACAGCUACUGUAUGGCCGACAUUUCAAAAUGGUUUUCAUUGGGUCUACCAUUUUUGCUUUACAACAGCUAUCAGGCAUAAAUACUGUAUUCUAUUUCUCUUCGACCGUCUUUAAAAGCUUUGGGGCGCCUUCAGAUCUGGCAAACAUAUGUGUUGGGAUCGCGAAUCUAUCUGGGUCAGUUGUUGCAAUGAUCUUGAUGGAUAAGCCUGGAAGAAAGGUGCUUCUUCUUGGAAGUUUUUCUGGCAUGGCAGUGGCAAUGGGUCUUCAAGUAACUGGAGCAAGUUCUUAUGCAUCGGGAUCUGGAGCAUUGAGUCUAUCGGUUGGUUGGUGGCAUGCUGCUGCUGUUUGUCUUGAUGAUUUCUCUUGGAGCUGGUCUGGGGUUGUCAUCUCGAUGCCUACUCGGCAUACAAGCGUGUGGCGUCGAAGGACCAUAUCAAUGCUUUUGAUAGAGAAGAAAGUUCGGGUCUAGUGAAUGCAAAAGGUAUUGGAAACCCUUCAUGGAGACGCUCUUUGCCUCAUAUGCUUGUGGCAACUCUUUCUUACAUUCUUAUUUGGCUACCAUCUCGGAGUGGUUAAUGAGACACUAGAUAGCAUUUCUAUGGACCUUGGUUUCAGUGGGAAUCCCUUUGCUAAGGGUAAUCUUUGUUGUUUUCUCUGCAACUGUCAAUUGAAAUUGCUUAGUCUCCAUUUGAUCUUCUUAAAUAUUUAAGCAUGCUCUGUUCACUUGAGCAGAUUUCACCAGCAUUUGUAAGGGGUACUUUUGGGAGUUUCACCGGCAUUGGAUUUUGAUAUGUAAAUGCUAAGUGAAAAGUUUGUUAUUUACUGCU